CCUCUCCAUAUAUAUAUAUAGUCCAUCAACAAUAAGUAACAGCAAUAACAGAAGGGAAUCAAGCAUAUCCAUGGCCAUUACCCGUACUCAUCCCUUCUUUUGUUUCCUCCUCUCUUCUUCUCUUCUUUUGCUAUUUCUCUUGGGCUCUUGUAAUAAUUAUAGGCUGGUCGAGGCCUCUGGAGGACAGACGGCAAACAACCAACAUCAUCAUGUAAUUGUGGUUAAUUCACUGAUCCCUGCAUCAACUUGCUCCCCUUCCCUAAAAGGUUCCAGUCGAUCACGAACGCUGCAAGUGGUUCACAAAAAUGGGCCAUGUUCACCACUGGACCUACAGAAGAAGACCAGAAGCUACAAUCUCAGCCAAAUCCUUGGCCAAGAUGAGCAGCGAGUCCGCUCCAUCCAAUCCACAAUCUCCCAACAGCAGCUCGUAGAAGAUUCCAAGGCUAAAAUCCCGGCCAAGUCCGGCCGCUCCUUUGGAACCGGAAAUUACGUCGUCACUGUUGGAUUUGGCACGCCGAAGCGAGAUCUUAGCGUCGUCUUUGACACCGGCAGCGACCUCACUUGGAUCCAAUGCCAACCCUGUGUCGUCAGCUGCUACCAGCAAACCGAGCCAAUCUUCAACCCCCCCACCUCCUCCACUUACUCCAACAUCUCGUGUGGCUCCGCCGAGUGCGCCCAGUUGAAGUCCGCCACCGGCAACUCCCCCUCCUGCAGGUCGACCUGCAUCUAUGCCAUCCAAUACGGCGAUAGUUCCUAUUCCAUCGGAUACUUCGGACGAGAUACGCUAUCACUAACCUCCUCUGAUGUCUUCCCCAACUUCCAGUUUGGGUGUGGGCAAGACAAUGAAGGGCUCUUCGGCAGUGCUGCAGGGUUGCUCGGCCUAGGACGCCACCCCGUAUCCUUGGUGUCUCAGUCUGCAACAAAAUUUGGUAAAAAAUUCUCUUACUGUUUCCCACCAGUAAGUAGCUCCACUGGGUUCUUGGCAUUUGGGGACCAAGCAGGCACCUCUUCCUCCGGCGUGAAAUACACAUCGCUAUUGACAGACUCUCGUGGACCGUCCUUCUAUUUCGCCUCUCUAAAUGGGAUAAGCGUUGGAGGGCAGAGACUGUCAAUCCCAACAACUGUUUUCACGUCCUCCGGAACCAUCAUAGAUUCCGGCACCGUCAUCACCCGUCUUCCACCGGCGGCCUAUUCGGCCCUCCGUUCGGCGUUCCGGCAAGCAACAUCCAGCUACCCAUCUGCUCCAUCGUAUUCAAUCUUGGAUACAUGCUUUAACCCGGGUGGACAGAGCACGAUACGGAUACCGAAGAUCGUGUUGCAUUUUGCAGGAGGGGUGGACCUUGAUGUGGAUGCCUCUGGGAUUGUUAUUUUGGCAAGCUCAUCCCAGCUUUGCUUGGCUUUUGCUGGAAAUAGCAGUCCCAGCAGUGUGGCCAUUCUGGGGAAUACGCAGCAGAAGACAUUCGAGGUGGUUUAUGAUGUAGCAGGAGGGAAGCUGGGAUUUGGGGCUGGAGGGUGCAGCUAAAUUAAAUUAAGGGUUUAAUGGGGUUUACCUCUUCAUUCCUCCAACUUUAGGAAGAUAACUACAAAUAAACAAAAGACUAGCUUCAGCCGUAUAAACAAUUUAUGUAAUGAUUUCAAAUUUGCAAAAAAUAAAUGCAAUUGGAAGGGAAGUGGGUAGUGGCCACAAGAAACUAGUUCAAGAUAUUUCCUUUUGCUUCAUUAAAACCACAUGAUUAACUAGAUUUAAUUUUAAUCGAGUAAUUUGAAUAUAGAUUUUUACACGGGAUGAUUGUGGUUCAUUACUUCACCCCCAUUUCUUCAA